AUGUCAACCGAGCUACGUCGAGUUGCUUCCGUAAAGUCUGGAUUUUAAAGUCAACCUGUAAAAUGGCUUGUUAAAUUUAUGAACCAAGGUAUUGUAUAGCACAGAUAGAGACCAAAUUGCAAAGAUGACAAACGUUUACUCCUUUGACGGCAUUUUGGUGUUUGGGCUGCUGUUUAUUUGCACUUGUGCGUACUUCAAGAAGGUUCCUCGCCUCAACAGCUGGCUGCUGUCAGAAAAGAGAGGAGUGUGGGGUGUUUUCUACAAAGCUGCAAUAAUUGGAACAAGGCUUCAUGUUGCCGUGGCGAUGUCCUGCUUGGCCAUGGCCUUCUACGUUAUCUUCCUGAAAUGAUAAUGGGGUGGGACUGGAAGCGGCGGGACGACUGCAGUGCUCAGGAUGCUCCCGGUAAUGUGUCCCUGUACUGAUCCCAGUAACGGGACAAAUUCUGGGUCGCGUGGCAGCUGAACUUCCCCCACCUCCACCCCGGACCUGUGGACCCUUUAGAAAGUUAAGGCAUUGAUGCCUCCUUUUGGUGACUCUGUUCAUAGCUCCUUGGUGAAUUUGGUGUGCACUACAGACACGAAAAAGAUGGAAACCAUUUCUCAGUUAAGUGGAGAGGGUCUGCUGCAGCUGCUGUCUCUGUUGUUGGGUAAAACUUUCUCGUUUUUAUCCAUACCACAUCAUUUCUAUUGAAGGACACAGAGGACCUAUGUGUAGAUUGGAUUUUUAUUCUACUUGUACGCAAUUUAAAACAGUCUGUAUAUAAAAGUAAACAAAUAGAGGUUUUCUAGAAGUUUGAUCACAGUGGAGAUGAUCAAUUCCAUCAGCUCCUAUCUAUGCUGUGUGAUAUCAGUUUUCCUGUCAGUGGUGGAGGGAAAGAUGAACUACAUUAAUAUAUGAAGAUGUUUCUGUCUAUUUUUUUUUUAUCUUGUAUAAUUCCUCCACAAUGUCAAUAUCACCUAAACUUUUUUUAAGCAAACAUUUUGCACAAAUGUAAAUUUGUUAUUGUCUAAAUGUACACUAGAAACCUUGGCUUUCCUGUUGUAAACUCAUCGAUUGAAUGGCAUCUGUUGAGGUGUGCAGCAUCCAAGUUGAAGAAAAUAUCUCAGAGUGGAAAGUUGUUUAAAUUUGCCUGGAAAUGUAAAUGCAAUGCCAAAUAUGGAUGGUGCUGCCCAUCCCAUUUUUGUCAGGUACUGCUUUUCUGGCCCCAUGAAAACAAUAUCUUAUUUGGAAAUUUAAAAAAAAGAGAUCUUAAAGGGGCUGCAGUUUAACUUUGAGUAAAAUAUUGAAAACUAAUUGUUGUAUUUCUGUUCUACAAGCAAACAAAACUUACACUUGUUGGUAGAAAA